CAUGUGCAUAUUCACUCUUCAGAAAAGCCUUUUACCUGCUCUCAGUGCGGAAGGAGUUUUACACAGAAAAAACAACUCAAUGAGCAUGUACGCAUUCACUCUUCUGUAAAGCCUUUCAGCUGCUCUCAGUGUGGAAACACUUUCACGCGUAAAGCAAGCCUUAAAAACCACAUGAUAAUUCAUACUGGGAAAAUGCCUUUCACCUGCUCUGAAUGUGGAAACACUUUCAAACAGAAAAGAAGCCUUAU